CUGUAGUGGGGGAAGGGGUCGCUGAAGUUGACGGAACCGCCAUCUUGAAAAGUGCCCUCCGAUGAUCUACCUUUUCGCGCCUGUCAGAAUCAGUUUUAAACGCUUUAUUUUCCUUGCUGGAAUUUCGUGUUUUGCUAGUUUUCGUUUUGUUAAGGCCUGGGGCUGACUGCAAGAUAAGCUACAUGCUGGAGACUCGCUGUUUACCGUUGUCUAUCGGUGUGUGCUGUUGAACUGCUGUAUGUGUGCUGUUUGUCAGUCUGUCCAUCACCGCUCUCUGCCUGCCUGUCCAUCCGGCUCGCCUGGAAUGGGCCACAACUCCCAAAGACUAGAACACACCUCUUUUUAAUCUGAGCUCCGCCGUCUGGACUCCCAGCCAACAUGUUUUGGAAAUUUGACCUCCACACCACAUCCCACAUUGACACGCUGUUAGAGAAGGAGGAUGUGACGCUGACAGAGGUGAUGGACGAGGACGAUGUCCUGCAGGAGUGUAAGGCCCAGAACCACAAGCUGGUUGACUUCCUGCUGAGACCACAGUGCAUGGAAGACCUGGUGACCUUCAUCACACAGGAACCCGAUACUGAUGUUGAGGAGAAAGUUAAAUACAAGUAUCCCAACAUCUCUUGUGAGCUGCUUACGUCAGAUGUGGGACAGAUAAACGACAGACUGGGAGAAGAUGAAAAACUGCUGAUGAAACUCUACAGCUUCCUCCAGAAUGAGCCGCCGCUCAACCCACUCCUGGCCAGCUUUUUCUCCAAGGUGCUGUCCAUUCUCAUAGGACGCAAACCUGAACAGAUAGUGGAUUUUCUGCGGAAGCAGGAGGACUUUGUAGACCUGAUGAUCAAACACAUCGGGACAUCUGCCAUCAUGGACCUGCUCCUCAGAAUGCUCACCUGCAUCGAACCACAACAGCUACGACAGGAUGUUCUCAAUUGGCUGAAUGAGGAGAAGGUGAUUCAGAGACUGGUGGACAUGGUACAACCUUCUCAAGAUGAGGAUAGGCACUCCAAUGCCUCGCAGUCUCUGUGUGAGAUCAUCAGGCUGAGCAGAGACCAGAUGUUCCAGGUCCAGGGCUCCUCAGAUCCAGACCCACUCCUGGCAACACUUGAAAAGCAGGAGACGGUGGAGCAGCUGUUGUCCAACAUCUUUGAGAAGGAGAAGAAUGAGUCUGCAAUCGUCAGUGUUAUCCAGAUCCUCCUCACAUUGUUUGAAACGAGGAGACCCGCGUUUGAGGGUCAUAUGGAUUGCCCCCCAGGGAUGUCCCACCCUUCAUUCUCAGUCAACCACAGCAUCCUGGAAGCUGUGAGACCCCGACUCAAAGACUUUCACCAGCUGCUACUGGAACCCCCAAAGGCGAAUCUGAUGAAGACAACGUGGGGGGUGCUGGACCCCCCUGUGGGCAACACCAGGCUCAACGUGGUCAGACUGGUGGCCAGUCUGCUGCAGAGCAACACUCACAGCAUUAACACAGAACUCAUUAACCUCAACACACUGGGAAUAAUACUAGAUAUGUAUUUCAAAUACAUCUGGAACAACUUCCUCCACAUUCAAGUGGAGAUCUGUACAGCCAUGAUUCUGGCUAUGCCCCCCGCCCCCACCGAGAUCCAGCCAGACACAGAGCAGGACAAUGCAAGGGAGAGCAUCCUCAUCAAACACCUGUUUCAAAAGUGCCAGUUUAUACAGAGAAUUGUAGAAGCCUGGAGCUCCAACGAGAAAGAUCAGGCAGAAGGUGGUCGUCGACGAGGAUACAUGGGCCACCUCACCAGAAUAGCCAACUCUAUAGUUCAUAACUGUGACAAAGGCCCUAACGGUCCACAGAUACAACAGCUCAUCUCUGAGCUGCCAGCAGAAGACCGAGACAAAUGGGAGAACUUUAUUUCUGGGCAGCUGUCUGACACAAACAAGAGAAACACUGUGGACCUGGUGAAUACACACCACAUCCAUUCUUCCAGUGAUGAUGAGGUGGACUUUAAAGACAGCGGCUUUCACCAGGACUCUUCUCUACAACAAGCCUUUUCUGAUUAUCAGAUGCAACAAAUGACGUCCAAUUUUAUUGAGCAGUUCGGCUUCAAUGACGAAGAGUUUGCUGAUCAGGACGAUGUUGUGGAUAUUCCGUUUGAUAGAAUAUCAGACAUCAAUUUUUCACUGAAUACAAAUGAAAGUGCAAAUAUAGCUUUGUUUGAGGCACGCUGUAAGGAGAAAAUCCAGCAGUUUGAAGACGCUGGUUCAGACGAGGAGGAUAUCUGGGAUGAAAAAGAUGUCACCUUUGCACCAGAGGCACAGAGACGCCCCAGGAGCUCGGGCAGCACCGACAGCGAAGAAAGCACAGACUCCGAGGAGGAGGAUGUGAAGAGAGAUCCGUUCGAAGCUGCCAACCCCAGCACCGACGACAGAAUGGAAGUCGACACAGGGCCAGUGUGGACGGCCAACUUUGAUGACAUCCCCAUGGACACAGGUACAUCCACUGCUCCAGCCACCAGCCCUAACAACCCUGCUGCCUCCUCUCCUUUGGCCUCCCCCUCCUCUUCCACAGAAGACCUCCCUGAGACCUCAUGGAGCUCCCCCCCUCCCGCCACCUCCAACGCUGAAACAGGCUGGGCCGAUUUCUCCAACUUCACCCCCGUCAGCCCCAAAGACCCUCUGAGGUGCAACUCUCCUGUUGCUAUGGAAACCAGCCUAGAGACAAUGGACCCUCUGGGAGUCAAUGCACCCACACAGUCUGAAGAUUAUGAUGGCUGGUUGGGUAACAAUGAGGCUUCCCCCUCCUCCAACUCACCUAAGCAUUGUGGGAAAUCUAAAGCAGAAGAGGAAACGGCCUCCUGUGAGCAGCGCAGCAUCACAGAGACGGUCAUCAACGGCUCCAUGAAAGAAACGGUCAGCCUCACUGUGGACGCCAAGACUGAGACCGCCGUCUUCAAGAGUGAUGAAGAGAAGAGUGCUUCUCCAGAGAAAUACGCAGUAGGGGAGUGUGUGGAUUCGGAGAGAACGGGCGUCAACAGCCCAGCCGCAGCCAGCUGUCCCAAAACAGGCAGUGAGAAGCUACCCAACGGUCCUCUGGAGGAAAUGUCGGCCAGCGAGGAGGCCAAACUGGACCAGAGUGCCGUGUCCUCAGAGCCAUCUGUGAACGGGCCGGCGUGAGGGGGAGCCGAACGCCAGCCAGUGUCCAGCCUGUUCUGCCAUGCAGCGCCCCCCCCCUCCAGCCAGCGGGGGGCCACUGCUCAGAGCUGCACCAAUCACACGCCCCCACCAGGACCAGCAAUACUCCCAUUGGCUCAACACUGACGAGACAGAACACAGGUGUACAGACACAGGAUGAACUGAAAAGCAAAACGAGAGACAUACUCAAAAGGAUACAGAAUAAAAAAAAUUCUGCAUUUGUUUAUAUACUAUUGUUCUUAUGAGGUGAUGUGCGACCGAUAUCUUGCCACUCAAAAAUGAAAUAGUAAUGUUGCUAUAGUUAAAGAAAUGAUUGUAUGAAUAAAAUAUUUUAUAAAAAGAAAAAUGUAUACAGAAACAUAAGAUGAAUUGCCACAGAAACAGGACUAGCUGGUUGGUGUCUCACCCACUCACCCAGCUGUUGUUACUGCACGUUUCUGUUAUCCUGCUAACUGAAUACAACAGUUGCUAUAUUUAAAUUCCCACGCACCAUUGGUCUGUGUCUCUGAGCAGAGCUGCUCUUCCAAUUGAAACACACAAAGUUUUAUUUUGCUGCAGGUAUGAUUUGUAAAUGUUUUUCUCUUGUAUUCUUCUGCAUUCAGUAAGAUUUGACACGCUUUUUGGUAUAAUUCUUUUUUUAUUUAUUAUAGGAGUAAGAUAAUGGUUAUGUUUUGUUACUAAGGAGCCAUGCCAACACACCCUCUCCCCUUCUACAGGCUGCAUUCGUGCUAACCGGGUUCCUACCUCGCAGCUACAAGGCUAAACGUCGUCACCACGGCAGAAACACAGCUGUAAAUCCAUUCUUAUACAUUCUUGUUUUUUUUUUUAAAUCUUUUUUUUCUAGACUACUGGUUCUCAACUGAGAGCCUUGAUUUUAGGUAGCUACAGCUUUUGUCAGAACUUGGAAGGUGAGGGAAAGUUGGCUGUUAAAGGCUGACUUUAGGCUGAAUGAAAUAAUUUAGCAAAUUGAGAAAUGACCCGCCUCCUGGAGCUACUGUAGAUGUAACUCAGUCACUUUAGGAUGUUAUUAAGAAAACUAAGUUACAAUCAUACAUUUGCUGAUAUUGGCUGUUGAUCAAGCUCCAACCAGAGGUGUUUAUUCUUAAUCUGUGUUCAGACUGACAGCAGCACUGUUAGAAAACGCAGCAGCUACCUUUACAAGCUGCUGUUGAAAAUAUGAUGUUAACCAGUGUGCACAGUCCUGGUGAAGCAAUGAAAGUGAAUGGGGAAAUUGUUUAAAUGCUAGUUGUUGAUUGCGGAAGGAUAGGAUGAUAAAUUGAUCACAAUAUGAUGUGCAUUAUUUUAUGAGCCUUUACUCGUUACUUUGUCAGCAGUAACCAAAGCAAUACCCCCACCAGACCUUGUUUUUGUCUGAUGUAUAACCUAGGAAGUUUGACUUUUAAUGCUAUUGUCAGUCUGAAUGCAUCCUCCACUUUUUUUUAAACUGCCUUCAUGAGGCGGUGGAUUUAUGAAUUUCAAACAAACAUAAAAACCAGCCGUGUUAGAGUCCGGACAUAUUGUAGUUGCUCUGUGUGUUUAUGGCCUUUUAGCUAAGGUUUGGUCUUAACCAAUCCUCCAGAAAUAUGUGUAGCUUGUCAGCUGCCAGAUGCUUAACUUUAUUUUCUUAACAUGAUAAAUAGAGGACCAACUUUUGUGAUGGGCCAAUUUUUUGUCUACUGAUGAAAUAUUGAACAUCUGGAUUGGCAGUGCUGAUGCUGAAUAUCCGUCCUCAUGGCACUGAGCCUUAAACAGAGCAUUGCAUCUACCUGCAGCUGCCAUUGAAAUGGUGUCUUUGUUGCUAGAAAACACACUCCUCUGCAGCCUUCCUCCUUCCCAUGGAACCACUUUGAUUCCCCUCACCAAAUGUUUUUUCUUCAUCUUGGCAACAAAUGAUUCACUAUUUCCUGAUGAUGGUACAACCCACUUUUUUUGUCAGAUUAUUAAUUAAAUGUCAUCUUAAUUUCUGAAGUUCA